UGCGCAGUAGCUUCGGGCCUCCUCCUCCUCUUGAGUCGCCGCCGCCGCCGCCGCCAUGCCAAAGCUGAGCAAAGAGGCCAAGCAGCGCCUGCAGCACCUCUUCAAGGGAGGCCAGUUCGCCAUCCGGUGGGGCUUCAUCCCGGUCGUCCUCUAUCUAGGUUUUAAGAGAGGUGCAGAUCCUGGAAUGCCUGAGCCAACCCUUUUGAGUCUGCUUUGGGGCUGAAAGAUUGAACCAAAAUGUUUUGGAAGCAGCUGCAGAAGAUGUGUCUAUUCCAGAGGCUGGAAAGGAGACUUUUUGUGACACUAUGCUACUGGCCAGUUGUUUUGUGACUAUAUAGAAUGUACUUAACAACACAGUGGAAUUUCUGUCAAUCUAAUUUAUUUGUUAUAUUAACCUUUUCUUUUAAUAAAUUUUUAGUCUGAAAUCUU